GAUUUGUCUGUGGUGCGCCAUAAAGGUAGAUAGUUCCAAGACGCGCCGUUAUAUGUGCGUUCAGCGUUGUGUGCGUUCAGCGUUGUUCGCGUUGUUCUCUGUGUUGUUGUGGAACACAUUUUGAACGGAUGUAAUAAAUUUUGUGCUUAACUUUUUUUGGUUUAUGGUAAAUUGAGAAGUGCGUUCAUCUUAAUCUGUUUCUUGACCUGCUCGUCAAGAUUCAUACCGUACCGUUUUUGAGCAGUCCUGCCAAGCCCACCUGCUAGGACCUGUGACCACUCUCUGCCCCUGGUCACACCUGGAGUGAGGGAGCAGCCGGGCCGGCCGGUACCCGCCGCCCGCCGGUGGCCGUCUCUCGCCUGCCGCCGCCCCCUGAGAUGACCCGAUGAUCCGCGGCGCUAUGAACCUGACGGAGCUGUCGGAGGCCGAGCGGCCGCCCUCGCCGGCGCGCCUGCCCUUCACCUCCGAGAAACACCCCCGCUCCACGCUCAAGGACCUGGCACUGCUCAGGAAACACCGCGAGCUCUGCGAUGUGGUCCUCUUCGUCGGCAGCCGGAAAAUAUUCGCGCACAGAGUUAUCCUGUCGGCGUGCAGUCCCUACUUCCACGCCAUGUUCACGGGCGAACUGGUCGAGUCGCGUCAGACGGAGGUCACCAUCCGCGACAUUGACGAGCUGGCCAUGGAGCUACUCAUCGACUUCUGUUAUACGUCCCACAUCGUCGUCGAGGAGUCGAACGUGCAGACACUGCUGCCGGCAGCGUGCCUUCUGCAGCUCACCGAGAUCCAGGAGGUGUGCUGUGAGUUUCUGAAGCGGCAGCUCGACCCCACCAACUGCCUGGGAAUCCGGGCGUUCGCCGACACCCACGCCUGCAGAGAACUGCUCCGCAUCGCCGACAAGUUCACCCAGCACAACUUCCAGGAGGUGAUGGAGAGCGAAGAGUUUCUCCUGUUACCAGUCAACCAGCUGGUGGAGAUCAUCUCCUCUGACGAGCUGAACGUGCGGAACGAGGAGCAGGUGUACAGCGCCGUCAUGUCCUGGGUCAAGUACAACAUCUCCGAGAGGCGACAUCACCUGCUGCAGAUCCUACAACACGUCCGGAUGCCGCUGCUGAACCCCAAGUUUCUGGUGGGCACCGUCGGCUCCGACCUGCUGAUCAAAUCGGACGAGGGCUGCCGGGAUCUGGUGGACGAGGCUAAAAACUACCUGCUGCUGCCCCAGGAGCGACCUCUGAUGCAGGGGCCGCGCACCCGGCCGCGCAAACCCAUCAAACGCGGCGAGGUCCUGUUCGCAGUGGGCGGCUGGUGCAGCGGCGACGCGAUCGCCUCUGUGGAGCAGUUCGACCCGCAGACCUGCGAAUGGCGCAUGAUGGCGCCCAUGUCCAAACGGCGCUGUGGCGUCGGCGUGGCGGUGCUGGAUGACCUGCUGUACGCGGUCGGAGGACACGACGGACACUCUUACCUCAACAGCAUCGAGAGGUACGACCCGCUGUCUAACCAGUGGUCGUCGGAGGUGGCCCCCACCUCCAGCUGCCGUACCUCGGUCGGAGUGGCCGUGCUCGACGGGUACCUGUACGCCGUCGGCGGACAGGACGGCGUCUCCUGCCUCAACUUCGUCGAACGCUACGACCCGAAAACGAACCGCUGGAGUAAGGUGUCGAGUAUGACCACCCGCCGGCUGGGUGUGGCCGUGGCUGUGCUCGGGGGUCUGCUGUAUGCAGUCGGCGGCAGCGACGGGCAGAGUCCGCUCAGCUCAGUGGAGUGUUACGACCCGAAGACGAACCGGUGGACCAUGGUGCCUCCCAUGUCCACGCGGCGCAAACACCUGGGCUGCGCCGUGUUCAACAACAUGAUAUACGCUGUGGGCGGCCGUGACGACUGCACGGAGCUGUCGUCGGCGGAGCGCUACAGUCCGGCCACCAAACAGUGGAGCCCCAUCGUGGCCAUGAGCUCCCGGCGCAGUGGGGUCGGCCUGGCCGUCGUCAACGGUCAGCUGUACGCGGUCGGCGGCUUCGACGGCACCACCUACCUGAAGACGAUCGAGAUGUACGACCCGGACGAGAACACGUGGCGGAUCUGCGGCACGAUGAACUACCGUCGGCUGGGCGGUGGGGUGGGCGUGGUGCGGCUGCCUCCCAGCGAGAGCCAGCUGUGGUGACGGCCGUCACUGGCGGCCGGCGGCCCCCAGAGCCCCAGUCCGCCGCCGCCGCCGCCCUGCCGCCGCGCGGUGUCGCUGAGGAAGGCGCACGGCUGGGCCGGGGAUGCCGAGUGAGGAGAGUUGGACUCGGAGUGGUGGGAGAGGCCGUCUGACGACACCAGACGUAGGGUUGAUUGAGUGUUUUCGGUCAGACCGAGUGAUGAAAUCUGAGGCGGUGGAUAGUGAGAACUGAGGACGAAGAGAGUCACGGCGCUAGGCGGGGACAGACAUACAGGCAGACAGGCCUGAUCAGAACCAGAGGGAAAGUCAUGGCGGCUGGACUGCUGCACUGCUGUGGAAUGGGAUGAAGAAAGACUACGGUCCUGCGCGUAUGGCGGCAAUGGCGCCCCGCGACACCAAGUGAUCCAGUAAGACAUGAACAUACAAGUGCCACAGCUGUUGUCACAAACUGCAGCGUCCGUGCUGUUGAGUGUUGACGCAGGAGUUGUGGACUGCCACCAUGACAGAUCUUGACGUAAGACGCAUUUGUGCGCGUCUGGUACUCUGGUGUCAGUGACGGCGUCGGCCGUCGCUCGUACUGCCAGGAGCCGACUCCCUGGGCCCUGGGACGGUGGCGGGCUCUGCCCCGUCCAGAGCUCUGCGUUUAACCUCCAUUGUACUGCCGACUGGAUACCGUUGAUCGCCACCCGCCGUGUGACAUAGGCUGCUGUGUGACCCGACUAUGACCUCAUGACCCGGGCGCUGCCGGGGGUCACGGCGCGGUCAGGGGUCACACAAAGGUCAGCAUUCCAGCGGUGGGCGCUGCGCGUUUCUUCAGCCCACCGUUCUGGUGGUCGGUGCUUUCAUUGCUGGUUAGCAGCUGGCGAAAAACUGCAUCUUCAGUCUAGAGUGAGCUUUAAACCACACAGACAGAGGACUCACAUUUCAGAGGACUCUAACAUAAGGUGAAGUGUGGUGCAUCUAUCCGCGUUGUGUAAUCAUGUACGUGUAAAUUAUAGACGUCGCGCCGUGCGCCGCCAGCAUUUGUCGUCCGCGGGACUGAUACGAUCGGAUUAAAUUCUGCUCAGAAGUUACUUAAGUCAUGCUUCUAUCCCCCGUACAUGGCGAUAUGGGGGGGGGGGGGGCGAUGACGCCUCUGGUCAGGCUAAGGGGCGCGGCAUGUCGCUGUAGCGGUUCGUGAACCACCCCGCCCCAACUUACGGUCUCAGAACAUUAUUGUGGACGAGGCGGCCUGGUGAGAGAAUCGGGAGUCUAGCCUAUGAUGCAUUUCGCUGAUAUGAAGCGGAUGUGAAGUUCAAUGGUUGCUGUGUGUAUUUGAGUAAUAAACGGCAACUUGUG